AUGAAACGCUGUCUUCGAGGACAGCGCAACCCUCGAAACAAAUGUGCAUUGCAACCAGGCCACAGUCUUAUGGACUGGAUUCGUUUAGGGAAUUCAGGAAAGGAUUUAACGGGUGUAGGUGGACGAAUGAGACCUGUUUCGCCUUCGGAACUAUCAUUGCAUAAUACUCAAAAUGAUGCAUGGUUAGCAAUACGCGGACGUGUGUACAAUAUAACCCACUACUUACCAUAUCACCCUGGAGGUCCCGAAGAAUUGAUGCGCGGGGCCGGAAUGGACGCUACAGAGCUCUUCGACAAGGUCCACCCGUGGGUCAACUACGAUUCCCUAUUAGCUAAAUGCUUGGUCGGCCCGCUGUCUUACGACAGACCAGACGCAGACGAAUUAUUCAACACGCCACUAUCACGCUCCGAUAAGUUACGAGAGCCUUCAAAAGCUCAGCUAGUUAGAAAAUCGAUGGAGAAUUUGGCUAAUUGUAUAACGCCGGUACGGAAAAAGAUCACGGCGAAGAGCGAAGAAAAUGUCAAAGGAAGUCCGCCAAGCAAAAUUAUGCAGAGCUUGAUACAGUCCAGCGAUUUGCCGGUAUCGAUUAGCCGUAGAGCAGCGGCGAGUCCCGCCAAGACGGAUAAAUCUAAGGACACUCCAGCUCAAUUACGCUUCGAUUGGAUACAGACUUCGACGAAAAUUAUUAUCUCUAUAUAUACAGGGCAUUUAACAAAUCCCGGUGGAUCUGCGAAGUUAUCAAAUGGUACUCUAACCGUUGAAGUGGCGACAGAUGGUUGGCUUAGAAUAUUUAGACUAGACCCUGAAGCAAGGCUUAAAGAUCCCCUUCAGCUAAAAAUGUAUUCUGAGAGCGGGAAAAUUGAGGUUAUAGCAUUAAAGUCCGUGUGUAAGGUAUGGAAAGGGUGUGGCGAUGCGUCUUUCAGUGAUGCAAUACAGAUAACGACGCCAAUGAAGGUGGAAUGUCGGGUGAUGGAUGUUAGUAGGGUGACACACGACACGAGUUUAAUAACUCUGGCCCCAAUUCCCGGCCCGGUUAUAGUACCUUUGGGGCACCAUGUCAGAGUACAUCAUAAGCUGUCAGAUUCUGAAUGUAUCCGAUCGUACACACCCAUUGGGGACGGAUGGGAUAAUUCAAGCAAUGAAUUCAGCUGUCUGAAGUUAGCUGUCAAGCGAUACGAAUCAGGCAGCCUCUCACCGUAUCUGACGUCAUUGGGACUUGGUGACGUCAUCACUCUGUCGGGGUCCUACGGGAAUUUCCGACUACAGCAGUUGAAACCUGUGAAAAUAUUAUACCUCAUAGCGGCGGGCACCGGCAUAACUCCAAUGUUAUCUUUAAUACGCUUCGCGUUAUCAAGGUCGAAUCCAAGAUGCGAACGAGUACAUUUAAUAUUCUUCAACAAGACAGAAGAAGACAUACUUUUCAAGACAAAAUUAGAAGAAUAUGUUCAACAGGAUGAUCGAUUACAAGUACUACACGUCCUUUCAAACGCGAGUUCAACGUGGAAUGGCCUAAAAGGCAGAAUAAGCUUAGAUAUACUAAGUAAAAUGAUUCCUAAAGAUUUAAAUACUCAUUUCGCUUGUCUUUGUGGACCUACGGAGUUUACGCACACCGGCGUAGAUUCGUUAAAGAAAAUUGGUGUCAAAGACAAUUCUAUUCACGCGUUUAUUGGUUAG